GAUCAAACGGGCAGAAGAUCAGGAUGUGUGUGGACCUGGUGGUGGUGUGGUCUGCCCUUGUGGCUCUCUCUCUACCCACUCUCUCAACCGCCGACCCACUAUAUGUGAUGACAGCUCCUAACCUGCUGAGAGUGGGGACAACUGAGCGGGUGUUUGUGGAGGCCCAGGAUUACAGGGGUCCAUCCCUUGAUGUUUUCCUGGAGGCCACAUCCUUCCCUGGAAGACAGCAAGUCGGCAGCGCAACUGUGACCCUCACUUCAGAGGAGAAAUUUCAGAAAAUAGCCAACAUCCAUAUUGCCCCUGGCUACUUUGCUGAGAACCCUGCGGUCAAGCAUGUGUACUUACGAGCGACUUUCCAACAAGGUGCCAACAAAGUCAGCGAACUGGAGAAGGUGGUCCUGCUGUCAUUCCAAAGCGGCUUCAUAUUCAUACAGACCGACAAAACCAUUUACACCCCUAAAAACACAGUCCUCUAUCGUGUUUUUGCCCUCAGUCCAGAAUUCAAGCCAACACGGUCUAGCGUACAAGUGGACAUACUGAAUGCCCAUGGGAUUAUGAUGAGAGAGCCUACAGUUGUUUCUCCAGACAACGGGGUAAUAACUGGCGACUUCAAGAUUCCAGAGCUUGUAAGCUAUGGCACGUGGUCCAUUGUGGCCAGAUUCACCCAGACCCCAAAGAAAAACUUCACUGCUGAGUUUGAAGUGAAAGAGUAUGUUCUGCCAACCUUUGAGAUUUCUCUGACCCCGGUGAAAACGUUCUACUAUGUGAAUGAUCCCGACCUGAAGGUUGCCAUUUCCGCUUGGUAUCUGUAUGGCAAAGAGGUUACAGGAGUUGGAUUCGUGAUGUUCGGGGUCAUCCACAAUGGUGAAAAAAGGACUCUCCCACAGUCAUUGCAACGAGUAGAUAUCCAGCAAGGAAAUGGGGAGGCCACUCUGAAACGAGAGCACAUAAUAGACGUCUUCCCCAACAUGGCCGACAUUGUGAAGUCUUCCAUCUAUGUGCAUGUCAGUGUGCUGACAGACACAGGCAGUGAGAUGGUGGAGGCAGAGAGAAGAGGCAUUCUGAUCGUCACAUCCCCUUACACCAUCCAUUUCAAGAGGACCCCCAAGUACUUCAAGCCAGGAAUGCCCUUUGACGUCACACUGUUCAUCAGCAAUCCUGAUGGUUCUCCAGCAGAGCGCAUCCCAGUUGUGGUGACUGCAGAGGGACCGCCUACAGAGACAAUGAGUUCAAAUAGUGGCAUCGCUAAACUCAGCGUUAACACCAGGCUUGGCAUUUCUUCUUUUAAAAUCACGGCAGAAACCAAGGCACCUGGGCUCACAGCUGAUAGACAAGCUUUGCAAACCAUGACAGCGCACGCAUACAAACCCAAGGCUGGAUCUCAGAACUACCUUCACAUCGAUACAAACGCUGUCCAACUGACGAUUGGAGAUCAGCUGAAAAUCAACCUCAAUCCCAAGGGUUCCAGCAUCAAUGUCGACGCAACUUACUUGGUCUUGAGCAAAGGGCAAAUAGUGAAGGCCAAACGGAUACAGAUUCAAGGCCAGAACCUUCUGUCAGACUACAUAACAGUGACCAAGGACAUGGUGCCCUCCUUCCGCAUUGUGGCCUACUUCCAUGUGGGCUCUGAGGUGGUGUCAGACUCAGUCUGGGUGGAUGUCAAGGAUACCUGCAUGGGGGAGUUGAAAGUGGAGCCCUCCCAUCCCAAAGCAGUUUACUCUCCCCGUCAGUCAUUCAAUCUGAAGAUCACUGGAGACCCAGGGGCCAGAGUGGGACUGGUGGCUGUGGAUAAAGGCGUCUAUGUCCUCAACAACAAGCACAGACUCACCCAGACCAAGAUUUGGGACAUUGUUGAGAAAAUGGACUUUGCCUGUACUGCGGGCAGUGGCCAGGAUGGUAUGGGGGUUUUCCAUGAUGCUGGACUGCUGAUGAUGACAAGUAGUGCUGGAGAGACAGACACCCGGACAGAACCCACCUGUCCAACUGUAGCCAGUCGCAGGCGGAGAGCUGCCACCAUUAAGGACGUCCAAACGACCGCAGCUAGAAACUACACUGGUGAAGAGAGGCAGUGUUGCGUGGACGGAAUGAAGAAGAGCAUUCUGGGAUACACGUGCGAGCGGCGCGCUGAAUUCAUCCUGGACGGCAAGUCUUGUGUGGACGCCUUCCUGCACUGCUGCAGGGUGAUGUCUAGCUACAGGGAGGAGGACAAGGAGGAAUAUCUAGAGCUCGCUCGGAGUGAUCUUAGUGAAGAAGAUGAAGAGGAUUUGGAUGAGUUUAUGGAAAAUAUGUCGUGUCGAUCAAAAUUCCCCGAGAGUUGGCUCUGGAACGACCUCUCUCUGCCCACCUGCCCUGGAGGUGGAGUGGACUGGUUAGUUAUAUUUGUCUUUUUAAAACCCUACAUAUAUUGUUGUUGUUGUUUACUGCGUGUAUCCUGCAGUGUGACCUCCGAUGACAGAAGUGCGGCAUUACCUGACUCUAUCACAAGCUGGCAGUUCACCGCAAUUAGCAUUUCUGAAAACAAAGGCAUUUGUGUAGCGGACACAUUAAGCUUGGAGGUAAAGAAGGACUUCUUCAUCGAUCUGAAGCUGCCGUACUCAGUUGUACGACAUGAGCAGAUCGAGAUCAGAGCUAUUCUCCACAACAAUCACGACGAGCAACUAAAGCAGGUGCGAGUGGACCUGUUUGCGACUGAGGACGUUUGCAGUCAAGCCACCAAGCAAGGCAAGUAUCGCACCACAGUAACGGUCGACGCAAUGUCCACGCGCGCCGUGUCCUUUGUCAUCGUGCCCAUGGGCGUGCCUGGCAAAUACACCAUCAAGAUGAAGGCAGCUGCCAUGAUGGGAGAUAUGAUGGUGGGCGACGGCGUGGAGAAGCAACUGCUUGUCGUGUCUCAAGGUGUUCCAAUGAACAGGACCGAAGUAAUUGAGCUAGACCCAUCUAAGUAUGGGGGAAUGCAGACAAGAUCGCUGUUGGCUAGAGAUUUUGACAAUCGCAUUCCAGACACUGAUUCCAGAACCUACAUCACAGUUCAAGGAGAGGAGAUGGGCAUUAUGCUUCAGGAGGCCAUCCGCGGGGAUUCCCUGGCGACACUGAUACGGAAGCCUGGCGGGUGCGGAGAACAGAAUAUGUUUGGGAUCACCAUGCCUGUCACUGCCGCAUACUAUCUGGACAAGACCAACCAAUGGCACACGGUGGGGGUGGACCAGCGUGCUUUGGCUCAGCAGUACAUUGAACAUGGCAAGUUGGCUUGUCUUUUUAUCGGAAUUGCAAUGUGCCGCACUUCAGCCCUUAGAGAUAUUUUCAUGACCAGGCCAUCUUUGUACAGCACAUUCACUUUAGUCUUAUCAUAUGUAAUAAGAUUGACUGAAAGCUGUUCUGAUUGUCGCCAUUACUGGAAAGCUGGUUAUGUUUCUUUGUUCUUCGCAGGAUACAACAACCAACUUGGAUACAGAUCAUCAGAUGGGGCUUUUGCGGUUUUCCCGGGAACACCAAGCGGUACAUGGCUGACAGCCUAUGUGGCCAAAGUCUUCUUGAUGGCCAGCAACAUCAUCACCAUUCAGGAAGAUGUGAUCUGCAACGCUCUAAAGUGGCUGAUCCUGAACAGGCAGCAGCCCGACGGGAAGUUUGUGGAGAAUGCGCCUGUCAGAUACAUCGACACAGGAGACGUAUCUGGCCAGGACACCGAUGCUUCCAUGACUGCAUUUGUGCUGAUUGCCAUGCAGGAGGGCAGAAGGCUCUGCAUUGAGAAAAUUUCGGUGAGUCUGUCACUGAAAAGGAGUGACAUUUUGAAACUAUGCAUGUUUCACAAAAACCUUGAUAUCUCUGUUUCUUGCCAAAUUCGUCUGCAGUCAUAUGGAGCUGGUGUGGAGAAAGCAAUGGGAUUCCUCCAAUCCAGAAAGGGCUCCCUGACGAAUCCCUACGCUGCUGCUAUAGUGUCUUACGCCCUGGCCAACGCUGGAGUACCAGACAAAUCUCUUUUUGCACGUUUUAUAUCUAGAGAUGAAUCACACUGGCCAGUGCGAGACAACCGUCCAUUUACGAUAGAGGCCACAGCUUACGCCCUGCUGACGUUGGUGAGGAUGAAUGAGUUUGAGAAGGCCGGUCGGCUGGUGAAUUGGCUGAGGCAAAACCAGGACUAUAGAGGUUAUGGAUCAUCCACUCAGCCCACCAUCAUGGUGUUUCAGGCUGUGGCAGACUACCGACUGAAUGGGAAGGAUGCACCUAACCUUAAUCUUCAAGUGGAAUUAUGGUCGGAGGUCACGCGCCAUGAUAACCCGGUCACCUUCAGCUUCACCGGGGACAGUUUCCGGCCACGCACAGAGAAGUUUCAGCUGAAUGAAGCAAUCACCAUGACAGCACGAGGACGAGGCAAAGCAACAAUCAUAGUGGAGUACCUGUACUACGCUGAGCCGAAGUCAGAAGAUUUGGUCUGCAACAAUUUCAUCCUGGACGUGAAACUCACACCAGAACCAGUUGUUGACCCUCAAGCCAAAGCAAGCUUUCUACUCACCAUUGACAUCCAGUUUAAUUCCUCAACUGUUGAUGCCAGCAUGGCCAUCCUUGACAUCACUCAACUGACUGGAUUUGUUGUAGACGAAACUGACCUACAGAGGUUACGACAGGGCAAGGACCGCCCUGUUCAGAAGUUGGAGAAAGACCAGAAGCUGUCUGAUCGAGGUUCCCUCAUACUCUAUCUGAACAAGGUUUCACACAACCAGAAAGACAGGAUCGCCUUUAAAGUGCACAGAGUCAUGGACGUGGGCCUCCUGCAGCCUGCAGCAGUUACUGUGUAUGAGUACUACAACAGUGAGAACCGCUGUGUAAAGUUCUACCACCCUGAGAAGGUGACUGGCCAACUGACCAGACUUUGCGACCCAAGCAAUAAUAUCUGUCAGUGUGCAGAAGAAAUAUGUAGCAAGCAGAGAAAGACUCCUGACGACACAGAUACCCGUGGGGAAACAGCUUGCAAAACACAUAUUGACUAUGUGAUGAAGGGAACGAUCGUGAGGUCAGAGAAUUCAGCCACCACAGACAAGUACAUCAUCAGAGUGGCAAAGAUGAUCAAAUCUGGCACAGAUGGUGGCAUGUUGGAGGGGAGAGAACGUGUCUUCAUCGGUCACGCUAACUGCAGAGAGAGCAUGGAUCUGCAGGAGGGGAGGAGCUACCUGAUCAUGGGAGCCAAGCAAGAUGUCCAUCAGGUCAAGGACGGUUAUCAGUUUGUGUUGGGGGAGCAAACCUGGAUAGAGCAUUGGCCCACGGACCAGGAAGCCCAAGAUUCCAAAGAGGUCGGCGACAGGCUUGAGGGAAUUCAAGAACUUGUGUUUGACUUUGAAACUGCCGGCGGAUGCCAAUACUAAUGUUUGACCUUACCGCUUUGGGUUGCCUCCAAUCAUUUUUGACCUUCACUUACAGUAUAUCACGAAAGUGAAUACACCCCUCACAGUU